AUGACAGCCACAACACAGACGCAGACGGCGUCUUCAACACCGGCCCGCCACAAAGACUCCAUGAAGUCCACGUGGCGGACAACCGACCGCAGUCAAUGGAACUUUUACCAAAAGAUGAUUGACUUUAUUGGCGCUCAUCCAGUCGCUCUUGAUCAACCAGUCCCCAAACACGCCAAGACGAAAAAGGUUCCUCACUUGGGGCAGAUUUCACAACAUAUCUGGAUCCUUUCCUACGGCUUUCUGCCCCUGGUCCUGCAUCAAGCGUUUGUAUCAUUGACGGGAUGGAAUAUCAGCAAGCAUGCUGCUUUCCACUUUUACAUGAUCCUCUUUAACGCCAUCAUCAUUCGAGAAGUCCACAUCCUGCGACGACUAGGCCACAAGUACGGCUUUCUAGACGGCGAUGUCCACGACCGCGAUGGUGUCCCCGACCAUGGUGCCGGAAAAGUCGUCUGGUCCCUGUACAAGACCGUUGGUGCACGCAUCGCCAUGAUGGUCUGGUUUACUUAUACCCCAAACGAGGCACCACUCGAUGUCAUGAGUGACUGGAAGUGGUGGGCCAAGCUGUAUUUCCAGACUGGUCUAUACGGAAUCAUUCUCGACUUUUGGUUCUACGUCUACCACCGCGCCAUGCACGACGUUCCUUUCCUCUGGAAGUUCCACCGCACGCAUCAUCUGACCAAGCACCCAAACCCGUUAUUGACGGCAUAUGCCGACGAAGAACAGGAAUUCUUUGACAUGGUUGGCAUCCCGUUCUUGACCUUUGCUACAUUCUGGGCCAUGGGUAUGCCGUUAGGCUUCUAUGACUGGUGGAUGUGCCAGCAGUAUAUUGUGUAUACGGAAGUCUGGGGUCACAGCGGCAUUCGCGUCCACCUCUCUGCGCCGUCUACCUUGAGCUGGUUACUCAAUGCGCUGAAUAUGGAACUUUGCGUUGAGGAUCAUGAUAUGCAUCAUCGCAAAGGCUGGAGAAAGAGCCAAAAUUACGGCAAACAGACCCGUGUUUGGGAUAGAAUAUUUGGUACCUGCGGAGAGAGAGUUGAGUCAUAUGAGGGGAAUGUCGACUAUGUUAACCAGGCCUAUAUGCCGAUUUGGUGA